AUGAGUAGCAUCGCGUUUUGUGUACCUGCCGCACUGCAGCUUGUGAUGCCUCCCUGCACACAAGUGUCGCAGAACGUGCCGUUCGCUGACAUCGUCAGCAACUACCCAGGUCAGCGUGGCGUGUUUACCGAAGUGAAAAAGGCAUCCCUUGUCUGUCUCCAUGAGUCGCUGACGUUGGAGCAGUCUAUUCUUGCGCACGAGGCAGACAAGGAGCCCGAGAACGAUGCAGACGGAAUUUUCUCGAAGCCGCUUGUGUGUACGUGGCGCGGCGCUACCGCUUGA